AUGUUCGGGCUUUUCCUGACUUUCGACCUCGUGUUCGUAAUCUUUGGGACGGCCGUGGACUCACGAGGCCCUGAGAAUAUUGCGCCAAUUGCCAUCGUUGUUCAGAGUUCUCGUGGAUCACUUUAUGGAGUUCCGUUCACCGGUGCUUCCAUGAAUCCGACUCUGACAUUGGGACCUGCAGUCUUGGAGAAUGAGUGGGCUGGAUUUAGAGCGUAUCUGUUUGGUCAGCUGGUCGGGGCUGCUCGUGCGGAAGUUGCUUACACUCAGUUCUUUCAAGCUGGUAGGAUUCAGGACGAAGAGGUAAUGUGCACGAAAAUCCAUUCCAUGGAGAAUCCCAUGUUAGAGCACUCCCGCAAGUGCGACAAGUCUGUGUCUGGUAUCUCACGUCAUGACAGCCUCAACAUCUUCAUGGUCUAA